UUCUCAGUUGUUGAGUCACCGGGAAAACCGUUACUCGACCGGGAACAGCGCACUUUUACUCCUCGGAUUUCUGAUCUCGGCCUCGUUGUAGUUCCACCAUCUAAAUACUGUUUCUCGACGGGGUUGAAAUGUUACAUUUUCGGUCCACGGUAGCGCUCAAGGAGUUAUUUCAAACCCAGCUAAAGCGUCCGUUGGCAGGUAUUAAAGCUGCACCUGCGACCGCCUCCUGCUUCAGCACCGUCGGGUCGGAUGGGAGGUCACCGGGCAGAAGGGGGGGGUAUCCCGGGUGGAGAGCCCCGCCGCAGCACUACUCCAGGCGAUACGGACUGAGAGGCUUUUGCUCCAAGGGUGAUGAACCGAAUGAAGCCGGCAAGGACUCAGCAACAGAGAAGAGAAGGAAGGCAGGCGUCCUGCCCAGCCUGGAGGACCUGCUCUUCUAUACCAUCGCAGAGGGCCAGGAAAAAAUCCCUGCACACAAAUUCACCACAGCUCUUAAAGCCACCGGGCUUCGCACAGGAGACCCCAGGCUGAAGGAGUGUAUGGAGAUGCUGAAGGUGACCUUGAAGACGACCUCGGACGGAACUCUCGACCGACACCUCUUCAAAAAGUGUGUCCAGAGCAACAUCGUUCUGCUCACUCAGGCCUUCAGGAAGAAGUUUGUCAUCCCAGACUUUCAGUCUUUCUGCGCCCACAUCGAUGAACUCUACGGGACGGCUAAAACCAUGCCUGGAGGGCAGGUGGCCGACUACAUUCCGCAGCUGGCUCGAUUCAGCCCCGACAUAUGGGCCGUCGCCCUGUGCACGGUGGACGGACAGAGGCACACCGUCGGCGACACAAAGGUUCCUUUCUGUCUGCAGUCGUGCGUGAAGCCGUUGAAAUACGCCAUCGCUGUUCACGACCACGGCACUGAGUACGUGCACCGCUUCAUCGGCAAAGAGCCCAGCGGUCUACGGUUCAACAAGCUCUUCCUGAACGAGGAAGAUAAACCGCACAACCCCAUGGUUAAUGCUGGAGCUAUCGUCUGUACCUCCCUCAUUAAGCAAGGAGUGAGCAACUCUGAGAAGUUUGAUUAUGUCAUGAACUUCAUGAACAAACUCGCAGGAAACGAGUAUGUCGGCUUCAGCAACGCCACUUUCCAGUCGGAGCGAGAGUCUGGAGACAGAAACUUUGCCAUCGGCUACUACCUGAAGGAGAAGAAGUGUUUCCCUGAGGGGACAGACAUGACCUCCAUCCUCGACCUCUACUUCCAGCUGUGCUCUAUCGAGGUGACCUGUGAGAGCGCCAGUGUCAUGGCAGCCACUCUGGCUAACGGCGGCUUCUGUCCAAUCACAGGCGAGCGUGUUCUGGCCCCAGAGGCCGUGCGAAACACUCUGAGUCUGAUGCAUUCCUGCGGCAUGUACGACUUCUCGGGACAGUUUGCUUUCCACGUCGGCCUGCCCGCGAAAUCAGGCGUCGCCGGUGGGAUCCUGCUGGUCGUUCCGAAUGUGAUGGGCGUCAUGUGUUGGUCUCCUCCACUCGACAAGCUGGGCAACAGCGUGAGAGGAAUCCAGUUCUGCACGGACCUGGUCUCUCUCUGUAACUUCCACAACUACGACAAUCUGAGACACUUUGCCAAGAAGCUCGAUCCUCGCAGGGAGGGAGGAGACCAGAGGGUGAAGUCGGUGAUUAAUCUGCUGUUUGCAGCUUACACAGGAGACGUGUCCGCCCUGAGGAGGUUUGCGUUGUCCUCCAUGGACAUGGAGCAGAGAGACUACGACUCCAGGACGGCUCUGCAUGUUGCAGCUGCUGAAGGACACGCUGAGGUGGUCCGCUUCCUGCUGGAGGCCUGCAAAGUCAACCCAGUUCCUAAAGACAGGUGGGGAAACACACCACAGGAUGAAGCAGUUCACUUCGGUCAUCACGACGUGGUGACCAUCCUGCGAGAUCAUCACACGAAGUACAACCCGCAGGAGACGACCACCGACAAGCAGAGCGCAGAGCAGAACCUGGACGGGUUGCUCUGAGGGAGAGAAGAAGAAGUCAGUGAAGCCGAGCGGGACGGUUUGUUCUCAGAGAGAAACGUCUUAAAUCAGGAGGUUUGAGAGGAGAAUCUAUCAAACACUCACAUGUAGGAACAGUUAGGAACAUUAAACUGUAAAGAGGAAUCUUUAGAAACAACUUAGAUAACAGUCCGUUAAACACACACCCCUCCAGUGUAAAAGCUCCUCCUCAUGUUGUUAGAUGUAGUAAGUUUUUGUAAGAUAAAUUGUAUUUCUGUUUGAUUUCUCCUCCUGUGUUCAGUCAUCACCUUUGUAGCUCUGUAGGAAGUGACCAGCCGCCAGCAGAAUGCUGGGUAAAUUUGGCUGCGGCUGGUGAGUUAAAGGACUCACCUGUUUUUAUUUUGAAAAGGUGAUAGAGGAAGUAGCAGGUGUAAUUUGGAGUCCAGGUGUUAAAAAACCUCCCUGGCUUCAUCAUCAUCACAACAUGGUGGAAUGUAUCUUCCCCCAAACACACAGAGUGUUUGUACGUGUGUGGUAUUUAUUUAUCUAUUUAAGAUAAACUGUACAUUCAUGUAGUGUGUGUGUGUGUGUGUGUGUGUGUGUGUGUGUGUGUGUGUGCGAGUGUGUGUGUGUGUGUGUAUUCUUCAGGUGAGGAUAUAUAUUGGUGUAAAUACGCACAGGUGUAUAGUUGUAGCUCUAUAGUCUGGUGGAUUUUGAUCACGAGGUGUGUGAGGUCGAUUUCACUCAAACUAUUUUUCUGUUUUUAAACUUUAUUUUGAAUUCUUAAAUCUGUUCGAUGUUCAGCCUUUAAAUUUAAAUACGAGUAAAAAGCUUUUGUUCUGUUAGCUACAUGAUGGCUGUUUUUGUUUUUACCCCUAAAACUGGAUUUUAUUUUGCACCUUUACACUGAAAUAUUUGAUAUUUAUUAUUUUGUAUUUUGGAAAUUUGUGUUUUUAAUAGAAAGUCAUCCAAAGUUGGGCGUGUUUGUCGCCUCCUGACUGAUCGAAGGAGUUCUUAGAUAUCGGAUGUGACACUGACAGCAGCUUGAAUACAAGGAAAGUUUGUUUCAUACUUUUAUUUAGUUUGUCAGAUUUAUCUUUUAGACAAGAAACUGCACUCAACAAAAGAAAAUUGGUUGCUGCACAUCCGAACUGUGCAGCUAAUCAUUCAAACUCUCAAAUCUUUAUUUACAUUUUCUACUGGAGGUCACAACAUUUUCAACGAUACGGAAGCCAUGAAAGACAAUAUGUUGAAACUACAAGACGCCCAGAAUAUUCUGUUCAGUUCAACGAAAUAAAUGGUUUCUUUUGUCAUCCACAGCUUAAAAGAUUUAUCAUGAUCAUAAAUGACAAAGAAAAGCAGCAAAUCUUCACAUUACCAGCGACUGAUUGAUCACUUAGAGAAUACAUUUUUCUCUGGUCGUUUCGUCCCGUCAUCUUUGUUGCUCUGAGUGAAUGAAGUCUAAAAACUUUUUGCAUUUUAUGACAAAGAUAAUCUUCACUGAAGCUGCGAAGAUGAAUAAUGUAAAGAAAACUUUACAUCUAUAAACCUGAUUAAAUCCCCGGCUCUCUGAUUGGUUGUUGUCUGCAGCAAUGCAUCAUGGGACUUGUAGUUCUCUAAAAAUCAAUCUUUUUAGCUAAAUUUCUACGUUAAGUUUAUGAACAAUUUUUUUUUCUGUUGAGUGCAGUUCCUCCUUUCUUCACACUUGAAAUCACAUUAAAGUUUUGAUCAUGUUUUUCUGAAGAUCAUGGCUUUUAGAGCAGAAAUGUGUUGACUCUGUAAUGUUUCACAUGAAUUCUGAUGGUUGCUUUGUACACGUGUUCCUGCAGAGCACUCGGACAGGACAACGGGUUUUCAAACACUAAAGACUUAAGUGCAGGAGCUUUAAAAUGCAGAGGAUGUCUGUCUUACUUGAAAAGUUGUGUAAAUGUUUUCCAGAGGGUUCUUGUGUUUGUAGUGUGUUUGAGGUUUGGAUGUUGUUGUUUUUAAUUGACAAACUGAACCAGGCAAUUCUGUCUGUUGUAAAAACAAUCCACAGUUAAAAUCAGUGCAGUUAGAAGUCUUUGUAUCCCUCUGGUUGGGAUCGGUAAAUUCAUUUUAAAUUACAUGAUUUAAAAGUAAUCAAAGAGAAGCACAAAAAGGAACCUAAAAGCUGCAAUAUUUGAAGAGACAAUUAGCAAUAGAAUUGUUAUGAUUGUACCAUAAAAUCAGCAAUAUUCGACUCUGAUC